GCUGAUGGUUGACAGAACUUCCUGAGGUGACACGGCCACAAACCGCUCCCACACACCAUGAGUGUAAAACUCCACAGUGUGCGCGUUAGCGAUGCUGAGAGUCACAGACAGAAACCGCUUCACUUCAUCUAUCCUGUGUUGAAUUUCUGAGAGGCUAAGUGAGGAGGAGAUCAUGUUAAACACUGAAGUAAAGACGAGCGAAGAGAAGCAUGUCAGAAAUCCACUGCUGCCGAUGGACACCCAGGCAUGAGUAAUCGAUAGUGCUGCGGAUCUGUAUCUGAUAUACAGUCUAUGCUUGGAAGCUAAUUAUCUUAGAAUUACAAGCUAACUUGUUCGCAAAAAAAAUGUUGCCUUUUUUUUAAUAACCUAGAUGAUUGUCUCUGAAUUAUGAGAUAUAUCUUUUUGUAAAUAAAAAUGCCACGAUUUUUCUGAAUGAAUGAUAAUGAAAAUUAUGGCUAAAUAAAUUUACCUUGUUUUCCCAAAUAAGCGCGUUAGUUAUCCCAGAAUUGCAGGACAACUAUAUUGUAAAUAAAACAUUUUUACCCUAAAUUUAGAAGCUAAUUAUCUUAAAAUGACAAGCGUACUUGUUUGUGAAAAAAAGGUUGCCUUUUUUUUAAAUAACCUAGAUGAUUGUCUUUGAAGUAUGAGAUAAGUUUUUCGUAAAUAAUAGUAAUAAAAAUUAUAAUUAUAAUAUAUUUCUAUAAUAGAAUAUAUAAUAAUAUAUAAAUGUUGGCCUGAAAUUCAGUUUUUACCCAACGAUCAUCUUUAAAAUAUUAGAAAAUUUUAUAGAUUAAAAGAAUUUGCCCUGUCUUUCCAGGCAGAAUUACUACAUUUUUAAUGUCCAAAGUGAAUGCAACGAGCCUCUGUGGUACAAUCAUAGACUGUAUAUACUAUUCUUAAUAGUAUAUACAGUAUGUACUUUAUAUUCUUUAUACAGUCUAUGGGUACAAUACUUUUAGUGGAAUCGAGUGCUCCGUAAUUGAUUAUCAUGUCUUGUUUCGUUUCGUCAUCAUUUCGCGUUUGUGAGGAACUUCCGUGCAGCUGAAGCCACGCAUGGAAGUCGUCGUAAACAUUUCAGUUUUCGUGGUGAGAUUGUAACAGCAUGGCACCGACUCAACAGACAAAGAUGAAAAACAAGUCAGUGAGAGAUGGAAACUGGAAAGGGUCAAAAAAUCAGGCUCAGGGUGUGAAGAAGAAGAGGAAAUGGAUCCCUGAGGGGAAACUAUUUGAAGGCAGCGUCAAGGAAGGUGCGUAUUUUCACAGACACACCGUAUCCAGUGUAAUGUAAUAAUAAUGUCCAAUGAUAAAACAUUCAUUGUUAUCCGUCUUUAGGUCAAGGAUUUGCUUUCAAGAGGAAACAAAAAGUCAAAUAUGGGUAUGACAAAAUUCUGCGGAAGGAGAGGAAAAUGAACCCAGGGUCCAAAUCUCUGUAUGAAAAGGAGGAAUACCCAGAACAUCUCAGGCACCUGUACCUGGCUGAAGCAGAGAAACUAAAGAGCGAGGCCUGGACGAACCGACUGAACAGGAGUAAACAGAGAAUGAGAGGGCAGCAGAGGGAAGAGGAGAGAGGUGAAAAUGAUGUUGCUGUAAGUGAGAGAGAAGCUGCUGGUUCAAAUCCAGGGGAGACCAGUGGAUCAGAACUGACAGAGUCUGUCUCUGAGAACCCUGAGGGACCAGGAGCUCCAGAGAAAGAAAGGUGAGUGAGGUCUGAGAGUGUGUUACAGGUUAGGUCGACCUGCUGGGAAAUUAAGUUUAAGUAUUCGGUACUUAAAGGGAUAUUCCAUCGUGAAAUUAAGAUAGGGUCAAACACACCGUAACACUGAGGUAGACAAUCAGAUGUUUGAGCUGAAUUAAUAUUUGAUAUCAUUUUAAUAUUUUAGAUGCUCAUCAGCAGAUUUUGAGGAAGAAGAAAAUAAAUGUGAAAAUGUGCAAAACAGUCUUAUUUUUUAUUUUUCUGCUUGAUUCAAUUUCUUUUACUUCACACAAAUAAUAGUGUAUUAUUUGUGCAGUUCUGUUGUAUUGUUGGUGUUCCAGUAAAAAGGGAAGUAAUGCUGCCUUCAUAAUAUUCUCUUGCAGUCUUCCAAUCAGCAACCGCAUGAGGAAGAAAAUGCUGAAGAAGACAUCCUACCAGAAGACAAAAGAGGAGUUUGAGGCUGUCAAGGAAAAGCGGAGAAUGAAGAAAGAGGUGAUGUAUUAUUUUGUUUAUUUGAAACUUAAAAUAACAUCAUGAUUUCAAAUUGUUCUUGACCCUCUGUUUAAUUAAACUAAGACACCCUUAUUGCCUGUGUUUUAUGAAUCACAUUAAAGUGUGUGUUUCCAUUUAAGGCAACAUAAGACAAGGUGGACAGGAUACAGGCAAGAGUAUUUGUUGACAUUUUUGUCCCCAUUUAGCUCCCUUCUCUUGAAAUUUUCCAGUUGAUACGCCUUCAGUCUUAAAUGAUGCACAUGUCACAACUUUUAACUUUGUGUGUAGUUUAAGUUACUUGAUAUUGUCAAGCAGCUUAGACAUGCACCCACCAACUCUGCAGCCAUUGCCUAGAUUGCAGGUCAGGAGCUGAUAUUAAAGAUGGCCCCCUUGUUGUGUAGCAAACUACUAUCACAAUAGGGACCCCUAAUUUAAAGUUGUACUGAAUUCCAUUAAUGCUACAUGAUUUACACUCUGACCUGCUGGUUUGCACAUAUUUUACUUCUCAGGAGUUCCUGAAGAACAAGCAGCAGAGAGAAGAAGCCAUCCAGAAGUACAAACAGAAAAAGAUGGAGACGUAUCAGAUGUUGAGCAAAAAGACUAAGAAAGGACAGCCCAACCUGAACCUCCAGAUGGAGUACUUGCUUCAAAAGAUCCAAGGACCAGGAAAAUGACUCCACAACCAGAGCUGGAACUGAAGGAUUAAAUGAAAAAGAGUUCGGAUUGAAAUGUUGUGUUCAAAGACAUUCUUAUAAAGGACGUUUGGGACUGUGCUUUUAACACAAACAAGACUUUUGUCAAUGGUGCCCAGAGAUGAUAGAGACCACUGUAUUAGUACAGACUGCAAGGCUGCAGUUUCAUCUCUGACCACAGGAGGGCGCUGUGAAAUAUGAAUACUCAUGUAAGACUCUUACAAUGAAUAAAAUCAGAAUUUCCUUUAA